AUGCGAAAUUCAGCUGGUCUAGCUCCAACAAAUAGAGCUGCUACAACGUCCAGUACAGUAACUAACAUACAAUUGACACCAUUGUGGGAGCAUAUUUUAAGAACAAGGAAAUUGCCCGAGACUACUUGUCCACGUAUAAUGUUUGCUGAGUUCCUAGAACGUUUAAAAGAUCCCGAAUGGCAAGUGCGACAACAUGCCCUUAGGGUAUUUGUAGAUGUAUUGGUGGUAAUGAAAUCAAGAGCGGAUACUUACAUGGAACCGCUAAUUGGUCAGUUGGUAGAGAAUCUGGGACAUCAGGCUCCCACCGUUCGCAAAGGUGCUUUAGAUUGUUUAAGGGUGUAUUUGGCUGAAACAGCCAUGCCCGAAACAAUAAUGUUGCAAAUUCUAGAUAUUGGUCUCAAUCAAAAAAUUACCAAUGAACCUUUUGGUGGCCGAUUGACCUGUGGCGUUAUGCUGUCUUUACCAGCCUUAGUUCAGUCAACUCUGCACACUGCUAAAAGUCAUUUCAUUUUAAGAACCACCAUUGAUAUGUUGGUACAGAAAAUGGGACAGGUGACGCACCAGGAAAUUACACUUAAAGUUUUGCGUAAAAUGCGUGAACUUAUAGGUGAAGGCGAGUUUAUGAAGUACAUGUCACAUGGAGCUUACAGAGAAUUUGAUUUGUUGUGUAAUGUUUAUGGUUUGUCUCAGCAGGAAGAGGGUUUAAUACAACCCACUCAUGCCAAUUUUAUUUCUUCCGAAUCCAAUACCAAUACAUGGCGCUUAAUGGCUGCUAAUAAGCCUUCUAAACUAGCCAAUUGCUGGCGUUCUUCUGAGGAGGAAGAUGUCAGAUUGGAAGAGCAGUGUGUUAAUGAAACAGUCCUUGCUUGUCCAGCCAAGGUUAUAAUGGAAACUGAAAUUAAAUUUAAUGACGAUACUUUGACAAUGCGUAUUUUAGAGGCAAAAGAUGAUGACGUUUGUAUUGUAGAGCCGGAAAUGUGCCAUAAAUCAUUAGCUGAAACCUGUCCCAACAGUUUAGAAGAUGAGGUAAUUUGUGGUCGUCUAGCAAGUGCUAAAAGUUUACGUGAGUCUUCAUCGUCAUUAGUAAAACUGUUAAGUGAUUCGGAUGAUAUGGAAGAGGAAAAACCAAAACAAGAAUAUUACACCACCAUUAUAACACCAUCAACGCCCUCACGUACCCCAAAACGAGUAACAUUUGGUGGGGAAGUAGUGAAAAUGCGCACGCCUGAUAGUGAUGCAAAUUCAACAACCAAUAACAAUCAUCAGCAACAACAGAAAUCGCAAAAUCUUCAGCAGUUAUUUCAAAACCAAUCUAACAACAAUGAUGCUGUGUCAGGUCAUGAUAGUGAUGACAAUCAACCAACAUUUAUACUACAGUCUCCACCCACAACUGUUGACUCCAGUAAAACCUCGGUUCUAACGCUUGAUAUACCAAACGAUAAUACUAAACCUUUAACACGUCCAAAAUCUGAUGCAACUUUAAAGCCAUCAGGAUCAACCUCAAAAACCCCUUCCCCAGCCGUAUCUUCCCAAACCACUUCUCCCAAGUCUCCGGGAAAAUCUCCAAAGGAUUCCCCCAAAUCUCCGUUUAAACGUUUGAGUAUUAGUCCAGUGGAUAACAUUAUUAGUCCACGUACGGCUCAUAAAGAAAUCGAGGUUUUGCAUAAUUUACAGAGAGAUCCUUCACCAAAUCGAGCAUUAACUGCCAGGAGAGCUAGUUUGAAAACCGAAGAGUUAAAUACACCUUCACCGGCUGGAAAUCAACCAUUAUGGAUGGAAAAUCAGGAGAAAAAGUUACAUGCUCAACAAAGUCCAGUUCAACCUCCACCUCCACGCUCGUGGGAGGAAUUAGGUAUUGUUGAUGAUGAUACAAUAAUGGAUUUACGGUCGGGGAAUUGGCGCCAUCGUUUACAAGGAGUUUUACAAUUAGAGCAGGCCUUAAGAUCAUCAGAAAAUCUGGCCAGUGUACAGCCCUGUUUGGAUUCCCUAUUGCGCACUCUACUAUCGUCAGAAUGCAAAACAGAGGUGGCUGAGGAAAAACGAAAACUAUUAAUUAAUUUGAUAACGCGCUUGCCUUUAGACAACCUAGAGGACCGUACCAUACAAAUUAUGAGUGGGCUGUGUCGUCAGGGUGGUGCGGGUGCAAAUCGGGUGUGUAAGGCUUUAAUGCAAAGAUUGCCACCGGCUGCUAUUAUUUUAAAGUUAAUAUCACAGGAAUUUUUACAUGCCAAAAGCUCAAGGUUUCGUGAACAUGCAUUACAAAUGGUCAUAUUCGCACUCAUGACCUUUCCCAGUACAUGCUUUGAUACGGAGACUUGUGUCAGAAAUGCAACAUAUGCCGCAUUGAAUCGUAAACGGCGCGUACGUCAAGCUGCCUUAGAUGUAUUGGCUGUGCUGGGUCAAAUUGCCAGUGUCCGAGAAGUAUUGGAUGUUGUGCAACAAAUUGCUAAUUCACGUGAUGAUGGUGGUACAUUGGUGGCGGCAGUUAAAACACGUCUGUCACGCAAACAACUGCCACUUGUAAGCACUGAGGGAGCAGUGCAAUAUUCUUUGCAUGUGCCACCCUCACAAUUAACUGGCAGCACACACGAUAAGGAGCUGAAACUUAAAAAUGAGAGCAGCAAUAACAACAUUAAUAACAAUAAUAGCAGCAGUAAUACCAAUGAGGAUUUCGACCAAACCACAGAAGGAAAUGGUCAACAAGGCCCGGAUAUAGAUUGGAUUACGGCUGGUAUUGGUUCAGUUUCUCCCAAUUCUCUCAAGCGUAGAGCUCAUAGGAAUCGUAUAUCAGCUAAGCAAAGUUUUACUUGUUUGAAUACCCAGGGGAGUUCCACAUCCGAUGAUCCGGUUUUUAAACCUCAAUAUCGCAAUCCUACCGAUUUAUUAAGUCACAUCAAAACGUAUGAAAAUGAAGACAAUCAUCAAAAUAAUUAUAAUUUUCAUCAUGUCUUUGCCUCAAAUCCUUAUAAUUAUGGCUUAUCAACAAAAAAAUCAAAUGCUGAGUAUCCAUACUAUACAACACGACGUUUGGUGGCAAACUCAUGCUCAGAUUCUUCCGUUGACGGAAGAAGUUCUGAUAGCAAUUAUACCAGCAGUGGUGGCAGUGCAGUUAGUAACGAAGUGCCAGGUAAAGGUGGCGGUGGUGGAGGUGGUAGCUGUGGAGAUGGUAUAAGUGGUCGGUUUACUCGUCAAGCAGUUAAUUCAAGGUUUCCCACUAUGGAUAUGAAUACAACAUAUCGUGUACAUAAACCACCCACGUAUUAUCCUGGAAUGGGUGCCUAUGCCCAUUUACAGCAGCAGCAGUACAAUAUGAAUUCCACUUAUCCGAAAGUCAAUUAUUCUCUGACGUCACAACAAUAUCAUCAUCCUCAAUUGGCCAAUAGAAGAAAGUCUCAUAAUCACUAUUCCAUACAACACCAUCAACAACAGCAACAACAAUCCCCACCCUAUUACUACAUUAACAACAACACAAAUCGGGCCCAACAUUUUAAUCAUCACAAUACCAGUUCGAUAACAAAUACUACCCAUAAAAGCAAUUGUGGAAAUCAAGAGAAUUUCAAAAUGUCGGAAAAUCUUCAACAUAAAGAUUUAAACAAUUGUGACGAUAAUCUAGAUGGUACUUAUACAAUUUCCCCCGGUGGCACAAAACUCUCUAGUCAACAAAUGGCUGCAACAAAUGGUCGUCGUUUUGUUAAUGUUGAUAAAAUUCUAAUGCAAAGUAACAAAUCUUCCCAGACGUCCAUUGAAAACGUAAAGGAGCCAGAACAAACGGAAAUUGAAGGAAAGUCAGAAGAUCUAGAGAGGCAAUCAAAUAAAACACCAACACCUUCAGUGAAAUCGACAUCAUAUUCACAAAAAUCGACAGCAUCUGCCCAAUCCAGUAAUGGCAGUAGAAGCCUAAAAGAAGACUCUCCAGAGAAGACUAUGGCUAAAGCUGAUGAUGAAAUAAAAUCGGUUAAAGAAAGUAAUGAUAUGGUCUCAACACCGCUAACAACCGUUGAAGGCACAUUAACUGAAGCAGCAGAAAUGACAGAAGUAACAAGUGAAUCGCCUACUAAGUGGAUAACAGGUGAAGAAGUUUUACAAGUGGAAGAUGUGGUGGAUAGCGUUAGUCUCAAUGCCGAAGAAGAAAUUGAGGAAAAAGAGGAGCAACUGGAACGUAAUGGCAGUUUAGUUAGUUUGCAGAGUAAGAGCGAAAGUAUAAAAACACAAUUAGAGGAUACACCUCCAGUACUAUCGAGGACUCAAUCUGCAAAAUCUCUAGUUAUUGAAGAUGAUAUAGAAGAUAAUAGCAGUUUUGUUGUGGUCGAAGAUGUAGAUGAAGUGGAAAAUGUAGUAAAUAUAGAAAACGUAAAAAAUAUUAUUGAAGAUAGCAAAGCACAGGGUGAUGCACCCCAGUGUUGUUCUAAACCAAAUUCUGCUAAAUCGCGAACAGCUAUUAGUAGGCCCCAAUCGCCUACUAUAGAGGAAAUCAAAGCUUUAUCGCGCAGAAAUUCCAUGGUAAAAUCAAUGGAGUUACUUUAUGAAAGGCCUGCAUCGAAACAUGACUACAUAGAUAAUACCACCGAAACUAGUUCUCAGUCCAGUGCUCAAUUAAACAGUAGUACCGGUUCUUCUUCGAUACCCUUGAAAGUGCUACAUACACCGUUAAAACAAAAAUCCAAAACUACGCAUUUUCUUAAAAGUCAUCGAAGAGUUUCUCCCGUUAAGCAAUCAAUCAAAAUGGUACAAGCUGAACUGUAUCCGGCCACCUUGCAGCGAUUUGAGAAACCGCGUGAGGCCAUAAUGAAGACAUUCGAUCAACUAGACUCCUCAAAUUGGGAGGUGGCCAUGGUAGGUCUCAAGAAUAUGGUGAGACUAAUGAGAUAUCAUCCGGAAAAUUUGGAUUCACAAAUGCAUAUGAUAUGCAUACAAUUGACCAAAUCCGUAAGAAAUCUAAGAUCUCAAGUAUCAAGAGCAGCCUGCACAGCGGCCACAGAACUAUUUACUUUAAAAUCGCGCUAUUUGGAACAAGAAUGUGACGAUUUGGUUUGUGCUCUCUUACAUCGCACUGCCGACACGAAUCGUUUUAUACGUGCUGACGCCAUGCGGGCUCUCGAAUCGAUGUGUGAUAAUCUAACGCCGGCGAAAAUUUUAAACAUUUUAACUAACAAAGGAGCUCAACAUCCAAAUGCUUUGGUACGCACAACUGCCGCAAAACUAUUAAAUCGUUUGGUGGAACGCUUAAGUUCCGAUAAAAUCUACACCAUGCCAAGAGACCAGCGUGAUAAGUUCUUUGUGACUGGUGCUAAUCUUUUGCUCGAAGGCAGCCUAGAAACGCGCAGCUAUGCCAAGUCAUUAUUCAAAUUACUCUCCGGUCAUCCCAGUUAUCCGCGUCUAUUACUUGAGGUUAUUCCAGCACGUACAUAUCGCAAUAUUGAAAAAACUCUCAAGAGUAUACGUUAAAUUUUUAGUUCAAAUUAUUAGUGUGUACGGUUAUUUAUUAAAUUAUAGGAUUAUAUAUGUAUAUGUAUUAAUAUCUUGUGGUAUUGUAAAUAAAAACGUAAUUGUUACUUUUCUUAAAUAAAAAAAAAAACCGAAAAGUUCAUAGAACACAUAAAUAU